AUGGCAGACUUUUUUUUCUUGGCUCCAGAAAUAGUAUUGCCCUUUAGCCCACUGUCUUCUGAACAGUUCAACAAGAUUAGAUUCGCUGCUGAAAAAUCCUGGAAGAAUGAAACGCAAUGGUCGGAUAGAUGUCCAACAACAUACGGGGCCUAUUACCGGAGGAAAAAACUGGAUGAACCCCCACGUAUCCAACCGUUCUCUGAAACAAGACUAAACAAUCCUCAUCCACACGAAUUGUUUCUAGUAAACAAAAUCCAUUAUCUUCCUGGAUAUUACAACUCUAAAGCACCAGAGCCUGAAAAAAAUAAAGUUUCCUGUCCCGAGAUCACGAGUUUCUUUAAAGAUUCAAUGAAUGUUAAGCAACGAGUGAUGCACCAAGUUGUGACUCCUGAUAUUUGCCUUCCUGCACAUGGGAAAAAUCUUGAUUUCCGAUCAAGGUCGGCAGUGUACAAUAGCACAAAGAGCUCGAAUCCAAGAAGGAGGGCCUUUCCAGGACAAACAGAGGGGAUCAGGAAAUGGUCCUACAGCUCGCAGGGUAGCCAGAGCUCAGCACCGAGAAUCCGGGAUUAACCCCAGACCCGGUGGGCACAAAGAAGGCUGUGUACCAAGAAGAAUGUUGGGUUUAUUAGCUCCACUUUAACUUGAGUCCAAUAUAGGGUAUCUUACUGCAAGGGGGUGUUUCUGGGGAUCUUUUCAAGAGCAAAUGACAUUUUCCCCACUUUGAAGUGACCACACUUCUCUCUAGGACCCAUCUCCACUGACAAUUGGUCUAAACUAAAAGUCACCUUUAGUCCCGGAAGAAAUCUGGAGGGCAAUGGGAGUAUUCAUAAUAAUAACACUUAUGUAUGGAGCAUUUUAAGAUUUUCAAAGCACUUUACAUGAUACCUUCCUCGAUCUUCUUGGAAAUAGAACUUGAGCCUAAAAGCGUAUCAUGUUCUCCUACAACGUUGCUCAUGGAUGCUUAAUUUCUAUUUGGGAAGCUUCCAGUCAUACUUCCUUUGUUAACCUUCAGAAAUCCACGUGCAACCAGUGACCUUGAGGACAGACGUUGUCCCAGUCCUUCUUUCCCUGCCUCCUGCCUCAUCCCGGGAGACUAUUUCUUGCCCUUUGUGGUUUUUGUCCUGACAGAUAACAGCAUAGGAUGAGGACACUGGGUGCAGUGGAAAGAAAAUUGACCUCACAGGAAAAA